UGGGAAUGUUACAAUUCAAAUGCGGGCGGGUGGCAGGACGCCCUGCAGUUGCCGUGGCGUUGUUCCCGUGUUUCCCUCAGCGCCGCCGCCAUGGCCUCGCAGAACCGCGACCCAGCCGCCUCCCGAGUCACCGCCGCCCGCAAAGCAGCCGAACCUAGCGGGGGCGCCGCGCGAGGCCCCGUGGGCAAGAGGCUACAGCAGGAACUGAUGAACCUCAUGAUGUCUGGUGACAAAGGAAUUUCUGCUUUCCCAGAGUCAGACAACCUUUUCAAAUGGGUGGGGACCAUCCAUGGAGCCGCAGGCACUGUAUAUGAGGACCUGAGGUAUAAGCUCUCCCUGGAGUUCCCCAGUGGCUACCCCUACAACGCACCCACUGUGAAGUUCCUCACGCCCUGCUACCACCCCAACGUGGACACCCAGGGCAACAUCUGCCUGGACAUCUUGAAAGACAAGUGGUCUGCACUGUAUGAUGUCAGGACUAUCCUGCUCUCCAUCCAGAGCCUUUUAGGAGAACCCAAUAUCGACAGCCCUUUGAACACACAUGCUGCUGAGCUUUGGAAAAAUCCCACAGCCUUUAAGAAGUACCUGCAAGAAACCUACUCAAAGCAGGUCGCCAGUCAAGAACCCUAACCUACACUGUCCAGCCUUUAACCUUGUAUUGUCUUUUUUUUUUCCCUUGGAUGGUGUCUUUUUUUAUUUGUGUCUGUAUAGGACUCUCUUUAACUGUGGUUUGUGUGUGUGUGUGUAGGUGUGUGUAUUCUCUUGUUAAGCCCUUGUGAUAAAUAUAUUAAAUAAAUACAUUUGAGGUGUUUUGUACAA